AUGUCGCAACUGAGUAGUGCGUACUACAAAACGAUGCCCUGCGCUCUGCAAGAAUUCUGUGUGGACGAUGAGCAGACCACUCAUUGCACACUGACAAGGCAACCUCAGCCUCGACCAAUUUCUAUGAGGCAAUCUAACGUUCGCAGAGGAACCACCUUCAUGAUUCCUUCGUGGUUCGCAGCUUGA